GGUGCAAACCACAACGAUACUAAAUAGCAUUAUUCCCGCGACUUGGUGCAAGUAGGGUCGCGACGAGAAAACGCGCGCCAGUAGUAGAGGAAAAGUCGCGGAGCUUGCGAAAUGCAACCCGGGGCCUGGCUGCUAGGGCUAUCGGCCCUAAGACGCCAGGGAUCGUCCACACGGCACCGCACGCAAGCGUUGCUGUGCCGCGCGCGGCUGUCGCAAGCGAAUGCAUCGUCAGCCCCGAGCCCUAGGCCGCUGCUCGCGGCGCUGGGCUUCGCUACCUCCGCAACGGACCCCUCGCCAAUGGUGAAAAAGCUUCUAGUAGCCAACCGCGGUGAAAUCGCUUGCCGCAUCCUCAGCACGGCCCGGAAGCUCGGCGUCCCAACUGUCGCGGUCUACAGCGAAGCAGACCGGCGCGCCAAACACGUGGAGUUGGCGGAUGAAAGCUUCUGCAUUGGCGCCGCGGCGGCACGUGACAGCUACCUGCGCGCCGACGCCAUCCUGGACGCGGCCCGGCGCUCUGGCGCCGACUCGGUGCACCCCGGCUACGGCUUCCUCAGUGAGAACGCCGCCUUCGCCGAGGCCUGCGCCGCUGCCGGGCUGGCCUUCGUGGGGCCGCCCGCUGAGGCCAUUCGCGCCAUGGGAAACAAGAGCCGAGCCAAAGAGAUCAUGCAGGCGGCGGGUGUGCCAGUGGUCCCCGGCUACCACGGCGACGACCAGAGCGAGGAGCGCCUUGUGGCGGAGGCGGGCCGUGUGGGCUAUCCGCUGCUGGUCAAGGCGGUCAGCGGCGGCGGCGGCAAGGGCAUGAAGCUGGCCACGGGGCCCCACGACCUCUGGGAGGCCAUCACCUCUGCGCGGCGCGAGGCGCUGGCCUCCUUCAGCGACGACCGGCUGUUGCUGGAGCGCUACAUACAGCGGCCCCGACACGUGGAGGUGCAGGUGUUUGCCGACGGGCACGGCGGCGCCGUGUACCUGUUUGACCGCGACUGCUCGGUGCAACGCCGCCACCAGAAGAUCAUCGAGGAGGCGCCCGCGCCCGGGCUGCCCGAGGAGUUCCACAGGCACAUCGGCGAGGCGGCCGUGCGCGCCGCCCGAGCCGUGGGCUACCGCAACGCCGGCACUGUGGAGUUCAUCGUGGACACCGACAGCGCGGAACAGCAGUUCUACUUCAUGGAGAUGAACACGCGGCUGCAGGUUGAGCACCCCGUGUCGGAGGCCAUCACGGGCCAGGACUUUGUGGCGUGGCAGCUGUGCGUGGCGGCGGGCGGCGCCCUGCCGCGCAGCCAGCAGCAGCUGCAGGUGCGCGGGCACGCCUUCGAGGCGCGCAUCUACGCGGAGAGCCCCCGCAACAACUUCCUGCCGGGCGCGGGCACGGUGCGGCGGUGGCGCACGCCGGCAGCUGCCGUGACGUUUGCCAACGCCCCCGUGCGCGUGGACAGCGGCGUGCGGGAGGGCGACGCGGUGGGCACCUUUUACGACCCCAUGAUUGCCAAGCUGGUCACACACGGCCCCGACCGCGCCACAGCACUGGCGGCGCUGGUGGAGGCACUCAAACAGACGCAGGUUGCCGGCCUGCCCACCAACAUCCCCUUCCUGCUGCGCCUGGCCACCCACCCCGACUUCGCCGCUGCCACCCGCUCUGAGCUCACCACCGCCUUCAUAGCGCGGCACAGGGACACACUGCUUGCGCCGCAGCCCGUGCCAGACGAGGUGGCGGCGCUGGCGGCUGUGGCCCGACAUCUGCUGGCGGUGCGGCAGCAGGCGGAGGCGGAGGCGGCGCAGGGCCUGUCAGCCCGUCUGGGGCCCUGGGGCAACGCCGGUGGCGCCGGUGGCGCCGGCGACAGCUGGCGGCUGUGGCACAACCACCGGCGCGCCUACAGCCUGAGGCACGCUGAGGGCGGUGCGGGCGGCGCGGAGGCGGCCGGCGCCGAGCUGCACCUGGCGCUGACGGUGCUGGGCGGUGGCGACUUCAUGGUGGAGCGGACCUCGGCCUCCCUCGAGGCCGCGGCGGAGGCGGAGGCUGCCAAGGCGGCCGCCGCCAAAGCACACGAACACCACCACCAUCAUCAUCACGGGCACAAGCACGCCUCGCACACAUCACCUUCCUCUGCUACCGCCACCGCUACUGCUGCUGCUGCUGCUACUGCCGCUACACCUGCGGGGCUGCGCGUGCGCGGCGCCAGCCUGUCACCUGACGGUGGCCGGGUGGUGGCGGAGGUGGGCGGGCGGCGGCUGGAGGCGGCGGUGCUGGGCAGUGCGGCGGCGGGCGGCGGCGGCGGCGUGCCGGUUGAGCACACACUGGACCUGUGGCUGAACGACGGCGAACACUUCCACUUCACGUGGCCCGAGGCCACAUGGAGUCGCAAGGCGGGCGCGGGUGCCGGCGGCGCGGCGGGCGGCAGCGUGGCGGCGCCCAUGCCGGGGCGCGUGGUGGCGGUGAUGGUGGCGGAGGGCGACGCCGUCAAAGCAGGCGCGCCGCUGGUGGCCCUGGAGGCGAUGAAGAUGGAGCACAGGGUUGUGGCGCCGCGCGCGGGAGUGGUGGAGUCGGUGCUGGCGGCUCCAGGUCAGCAGGUGGCUCAGGGGCAGGUGAUGGUGGUCAUGCGGCCGGAGGGGCAGGCGGCGGCGGCGGCAGGGGGCAAGGAGGCGGCGGCGGGCAAGGAGGUGGCGGCGGCGUGAGGCAGGAUUGGGUUUGGGGUGGCGAAAGUGAGCUUGUGGGCGCGUGGUGUAUUGUUUUGCGUACUGGAGGAGCGGAGGCGGUGGCUGUGGCUGUCCUUUGGUGUGGGUGAGCAAGCUCGUGUCAGGCUCGUCGGCGCUAAUGCGGUACUGGGCCUUCACCACAAUCGAACAGUUGGUGUUGCAGGUGGUUGUUUGCCCGUGCCCCCGUACGAAAGGAUAAAGCGUCUGAGGGUAUAACGCCUUGCUGUACUUUAGCACAACUGUGGAGCUGAUAUGUUGGCUUGUUGGGUACGCACGAGGGCUAACAAUGGAGAGUGCUGCGGCAACAAGGCAGCAACACGAGUGGGGCGCGCCCAUUAAAAUGGGUCGGGAUAGACGAGACGUGUGCGGACUGGAUUGCAGCGCAGAAAGGAGGGAGUGAGAUAUGCGGAGGUUUUAAUUUAGAAAAUGCAAGAGUGGCACAUGCGUAAAGGGUGGUUUGAGUUCGAGCUUCGUGGACACGCGACGGGUAAAAUAGGAGGGUGUGGGGACGGUGGGCCACGGUUGCGUGCCUCCGCAUUGGCAGUAGCGCACGUCAAUGGGUCGGGAUAGCUGUGUGUGCGAUGGGACAGUGUUGUAACGCUGGUACUUCCCGUUCCUGACAACUUCGAAGGGCCUUUUCCCGUCGUUACAAGUGUUUAGGUCAGGGGUUCCCCUGGUUUAGGUUGGUGAAGUCCCGCAGAGUGGGUCGGGAUAGCUGAGACGUGUGCGAACUGGACCUCCCAGCUCGACGCGCUGGCUCGCCCUUUGUGGGAAUCAAAAUAAGGCGUGGUACGUAGGCGUGGUACAUAGUGCAGCAACACCUCCUCCGCCAGCCAAGAUGCGUAGGCACGGCAGCUUAGAUGCCUGGGGCCUGACCACCCGUGCCAGUCAAGAUACGUGGACAUGGCACCCCAGAUAUAAGGUUCUAGCCGAGCCAAUUGCAGCGCAGAAACUGUAAAAAGAAGGGACU